AUGUUCUCGUCCGCACGACGCUGGCUGCGCAACAAUAGGACGCCUAUUGCCAUCGGAGUCGGCAUCGUUGGCGCCGGAUACGUUGCCACCCAAUAUGUCUUAAACAAGAUCAAUGAUGCGCGUGAGCGCAUGAGCAGCGACCGCAUCGCCAAGGAAAACCUACGACGGCGGUUCGAGCAGAAUCAGGAAGACUGCACGUUCACCGUCCUCGCCCUUCUUCCCACGGCUACUAGCAAUGUCAUGGCUGCUAUGAACACGGAACAAAUUACAUACGAGAUACAGCAAAUUAAAGGCUCGACAAAGGGCCUGAAGAGCGGCACCUCCGAAUCAACGAGUCCUCCCAGCAUUGCCGAUACGACCAUGACUGAAGAAGAUGGCAAGAGCAUGGCUACCUCGGCCAGUAUACAGAGCGAAAGCGGGAUUCAUGCAAGCCAGAUUGCUUCCUCUACGCCGUUCUCUGCUGUCGUUGGUCAAGACGGCCAGCAGGACGGGGCGUCUGCGCCAAGGGUGUCUCGCAAAACGAAGCGACAGCUCUGGGACGACCUGACCAUCAGCGCGGUUACCAGAGCUUUCACUCUCGUGUACACACUUGCCCUUCUCACCAUGUUGACCCGUGUCCAGUUAAAUCUCCUUGGUCGCCGAAGUUAUCUGUCCAGCGUUGUAGCUCUUGCCACUGGUUCCCAGCAGGCUACCAUCAGCCUCGAAAACAACGACGAUAAUCCAGAGCAGGCCUACGGCAGUGACUUUGAUACCAACCGCAAGUACCUCACAUUCAGUUGGUGGCUCCUGAACAAGGGUUGGAUCCAGGUCAUGAACCGUGUUGAAAGUGCAGUACGAACUGUCUUUGGGAGCCUCAGUCCCCGCGACCUGGUCAGCUUUGAUCGAUUUAGUGAUCUCACCAUGGAAGUCCGAAAGUUGGUCGAAGGUUCCACCGCAGAUGAGCGAAGACAAACAGAUUGGCUAGCCUUCUUGCUCCCUCCCCGUAAUCAGGAGGAAGAAGUCAUCCGCCAAUCCGGCAUCCUGGAAGACAACUCCAUGCAAGGCGGCGCUGCCGCCGAGCAAUCACCCGCGGCCCUUCGAAGACUGCUAGAUGAGACUGCCGACUUGAUCGAGUCACCUUCUUUCUCACACGUCCUCACUCUAAUCUUGGACGCUGCCUUCGAGGCGCUGGUUGACAAGAAGCUGGCCACCGAAGCUUUCGAACUUCCUCCCCAGUCACCAUUUCCGCCUCCCGAAUCAAUGGAGCUCCGUCACUCCAAACUCAUCCUCCUCCCCAAGAUCUUAUCCGUCUUGACCCGCCAAGCCCACGUCAUUGGCAACGGUGUACCCAAUGAAUAUCUCCAAGAAAUGGAGGCGGUACGCGCAUUAGAGGCUUUCGCCGCCGUGGUCUACUCGAGUAAUUGGGAAAACGAGAUCCGUGAUGAAAGCAUCAUGGACAGCGCGGUGAACAUUAGCAAGAGUGAGGUGGAAUCACAACUGCUCCAACCCCUAGAGAGGAGUCGGCAGACUGGCGUGGGAGAGAGCAUCGUCAUGGUUGAUUCACCAGGCGGACUCGAAGAUGCAUGGGAGGAGGCGGUGCAGCAGAAAUCAUGA